AUGACUUUAUUAGGGGGUAUCUUUUUUACUUCGGAAGAAGUGAGAAUGAAUGAAGAUGCUCUAUUCAUUAUAUUCUUACUAAUUCUUGCAUAAAAUACUUUCUUCCUUACUUACUGGGUUUUCAUCAUGAUUAAUUGUCUGAUUAGACAAUAUGCUAGUUUUUUCAAUAAGGUUCUUGGAUUUGUAAAUAAAAACAUUAAAAUUGAUGAUUAUGAAGCAAAUUUGAAAAAAUACUUUAGAAAAAACACUGCAGCGCCUAAGUUAAUAUAAAAGACAUCACUAAAUUCAUUAUCAACCCCUAGACUUAAAAUGCAGCAAAGUAAAAAGAUGAUUAAUACAGAGUUGUAAAAUUAAUCCAAGCAAACUAAGACACAUUUCAAUUUUCUAAGAACUAAGCAGUAUCUAAAAAGAAAAAAAUAAUCUAAGAAAAAGACUAUUUCAGACAUUACCUAGAAACUACCCAAUCGUCCUUCUGUUUCAUUUUCAAGUAGAGGUUUCCUCCAAAACAAUGAUUUUUAGAUAGAUAAUUCUAUAGAAUUAAUUUCUUACAGAUAAUUAAUAAAAAAUGAAGAGUAGUUACUAGUUGAUGAAUAGGAGAAAAGAUGA